AAGACCGUUUUGAUCAUCUCGGUGGCCGACUACAUAACAACUUGAUAACUGAGAACAGCACACAUAUACGACAUUUAAGUAGUAUCACACGUCCAAUCAACAUCCAGAAGAUCACUAUGAACAACCAAUCUUCAAGCUCUACAUUGCCUGGCAGUCCUCCGAGGCCACGAAAUGCUGAUGUACCUGAAGCUGAAGGAGCCCAGUUCAAGUCAUCCAACCUCCCAGGUAAUGCCAAAUUAUCGGAAGAGCUAGAUACCUAUGAUGGGGCACACAGAUCUCAGUUCUAUGAAUUAGGCCAGAAAUUAUUGGAGGAGAGUAUGGGUCGAGAUCGGCCUCUGAUAUCUCCACCGACGACGAUACAUGAGCUCCGGGCAGAGUACACUGGCGCCCCAUCGUUUGUGGCGCAGAUCGACAGCUUGCUGAAUCGAGGUUAUACAAAGAUUAUCCGUACUAAAGGUGAUGGAAAUUGCUUUUACCGAGCUCUGGGAUACGCAUACCUUAGCAGCCUCGUUGAUUCGCCAAAUCUCGUCUAUUCUGCAAAAUCCGUGAUAGAAUCAGGCUCAAGAAUGAUGGAACGUAAUUUCAUGGACGCGGAUAUCAUUUCGACAUUCUGCGAACCCCUUAUGGAUCUUGUAGAUGCCAUUGGGAAUCUUGACCCUAAUAAAGUGUUGACGCAUAAACGUCUAUUGUCUGCCUUUCUUGAAGACGAAACGUCAAACUGUAUUGUCACGUACUUGCGACUUUUAACUACCGCUCAAAUCCAAUCCGCGAGCGAUGACUAUGCUGGCUUUCUCUUCGACGAUUCAGGAGAACAAUUGGAACCUACUGAAUUCUGUCGGCAAUAUGUCGAUCCUCUUGGGAAAGAAGCAGAUCAUGUUCAAGUGGCGGCCUUGUGUCGGGCUCUAAAACUGCACAUCAGGAUUGCAUAUCUUGAUGGUCACUCUCCGGAUGGCCAAGCCCACUUCCAAGAUAUCACACCGCCAGACGGCGGAAAUAACAAACCGUUGAUUCUCAUCUAUCGCCCUGGCCACUACGAUGUUUUGAUAAAGACGAACUAAUUCGGUGCAGUAUGAGCCCACUGGUGCAAAUAUUUCCUGUUUAUCGGUGUGGCAUGGCCGCAUCUCCAACCCACAAGGAGUCUGACAUACCUACUUAUAUAUAUCCUAUGCGUAUCCAAGUGAUUCUUGACUCAGUGUCCGGGUCUAUGUCACGCGUAGUCAAAAUUGUGAAUCUAAGCACGAAUAGCCGCCGGCUCGGUGUCAAUUGUGUCCAUCC